UAUUGGCAACUGCAUCUCCGUGAAUGUGACAGCUGCGGACUACCCUCUAUGGAUUUCCAACUACCACAAUGUCGAGCCAUACCGGUGCCGGCUAGCAGUGUUCACGUAAUCGAAACUCCCGAAAAAUUCUAUGGUUUUCUCAUUGAACGAUCUCAAUCUGCCAAAAGUCGCAUCUCUCUUAGCACUUUGUAUCUUGGUGAUGGUUCACUGGAACGAGCAUUGGUGGACUCCAUUGGAGCCAACUUGAAGCGGAACGAUGACCUGAAAGUCACUGUGUUGCUUGAUUAUCUGCGAGGCACGCGAGGAGUAGCCGAUGAAAAGAGCAGCACAACUCUUUUGAAAGCAAUUGCUGACAAAGCUACCAUCUACCUCUAUCAUACUCCAAAACUCACUGGAUUUGUCAAAGCCAUGCUUCCUGAAAGAACAAAUGAAAUUGUUGGCUUACAGCAUAUGAAGUUGUAUAUUUUUGACGAUACGAUCCUUUUAAGUGGGGCAAAUCUGUCGGACUCGUACUUUACUAAUCGUCAAGAUAGAUACGUUGUUUUUGAAGACUGCAAGGAGCUAGCUGAUUUUUUUCACGAUAUAAUCGAUGCUGUUGGCGAUUGUUCAUUCAUGCUCAAAGAGGAUGGGUCGAUCGAGCUCAACCCCAAUUGUACUGUUCACCCAUACGAAGGUAGCUUCGAUGAGUAUCGCAAACUGCUCCGUUCGAAAAUUUCGUCUGUUAUCACCGCCUUAGAAGAGAAGAAACGAACUUUGCCACCUUCGUCUAGCGAUACCGUUUUGUAUCCUUUGGUGCAAAUGGGACUUUUUGGAUACAAUGAGGAAUAUGAUUUUCUCAAGACGCUUUUCGCCACAAAAGAUAUUCACACACAUAUUACGAUGGCGUCGGGAUAUUUUAAUUGUAUCAAGGAAUAUGAACAUCUGAUAUUCAGUGAAGGCAAGUACUCCAUGGACGUAGUAACAGCAGCACCAAAAGCCAACGGAUUUUUUGGAGCUGCCGGACUUUCGGGAUAUGUGCCUUCGAUGUACUCUUGGGUUAGCAAGAGAAUAUUACGGCUGAAGGAGAAGUACUCAAGGAAUGAUGUGAACCUGUACGAGUACCACCGAGAGGGAUGGACAUUUCAUGCAAAAGGAUUGUGGGUGGAAAAGCCAGCACAGACGGCGACGCUUGUCGGUUCUUCAAACUUUGGCUAUCGAUCUGUGCACCGAGAUAUGGAAGCACAGGUUUUGAUUGUUACAUCCAACGAACAAUUACGCAGUCAACUGAAGGAGGAGCGACAGCGGCUUUUCGAGUUUUCGUCGAUUUUGGAUGCAGCAGCUUUGAGGAGAGCUGAUCAUCACAUACCUGCUGUGGUUCGCGCUGUAUCUCGAGUAGUUAGAAACUUCUUUUGAAAGUUUCCAGAAAAGCAGUUAUUUUAUUCAUUUUUAUGUAUUACGAAGUUUAUCAUCUUUCCAAGGUUAUUUUACAUUUGCGAAGACAUGAUAUAUCUACUAGUCGCCGUCUUGUACCAGUAUUAGUUGUUUUACAGUAUUAGUUGUUUUUGAUCAUGAUUGCAUGCUCAGUAUGUAUCUUCACAACACUCUUCCCUGUUUUACAUUUGCAUUUUCUUUUAGGUCAUGCAUCUUAUCUACUUGUACUCAGCCAUCGAUAUCAAGUAUCACCUAUCUCAUAAAUGAUGUUUCUCUG